CGACCCGACGCGAUGACGGCCACCGCCGAACCCAAAGAAAUCAGGCUCAGUGAUUACGCCCCGUUCCCGUACGCGUACGAUGAGGUAACGCUCGAUUUCGCGCUCGAUGGUGAGUACGCCACCGUCACGGCGAUGUCGGUGAUUACGCCGAUCGAAGGACGCGACCGCACGCGAGGGCUGGUGCUGAACGGGAAGAUGCCGUUCUUUGAGCUGCUCGGCGCGCGCGUGAACGGCGAGACGUUACCCGCGGAUCGGUACUCGAUUGAGGCGGAUGGGGACGACACGCUGAUGAUAAUCAAAGACACGCCCGACGUGAGGUUUGAGUUGGAGAUCACGACGAAGUUUAAGCCGCAGGAUAACACGGAACUGAGUGGGUUGUACAAAUCGAGCGGAACGUUUUGCACGCAGUGCGAGGCUGAGGGAUUUCGGUCCAUCACGUUCUAUCCCGAUCGUCCGGACGUCAUGAGCGUGUUUACGACGAAGAUCACGGCGGAUAAGGCCAAGUAUCCGGUGUUGCUUUCGAAUGGAAAUUUGAUUGAUUCAGGCGACGCGGCGAACGGCGCGCACUUUGCGACGUGGAAAGACCCUUGGCGAAAGCCGUGCUACUUGUUCGCGCUCGUCGCGGGCGAUUUAGCGGUGGUCGAGGACACGUUCACGACCAUGAGUGGUCGCGAAGUGGCGCUCAAGAUUUACGCGCAGGCAAAGAACAUCGAUCGAUGCGAUUUCGCCAUGGCAAGCUUGAAGCGAGCGAUGAAGUGGGACGAGGAUCGCUUUGGUUUGGAGUACGAUUUGGAUCUGUUCAACAUCGUCGCCGUGGACGACUUCAACAUGGGCGCGAUGGAAAACAAGUCUUUGAACAUUUUUAAUUCUCGCUUGGUGUUGGCGUCGGAAGAGAGCGCGACAGAUGCGACGUUUGAGCGCAUCGAAGGAGUCAUUGGUCACGAAUAUUUUCACAACUACACGGGCAACCGCGUCACCUGCCGCGACUGGUUUCAACUGUCGCUCAAGGAAGGUCUGACUGUGUUCCGAGACCAUGAGUUUACGUCCGAUUUGCACUCUCGCGCGGUCAAGCGUAUCGCAGACGUGAGAUACUUGCGUGCGGCGCAGUUUGCGGAGGAUGCGUCGCCGCUCGCGCAUCCAGUUCGACCCGAGGCGUAUCAAAAAAUUGACAACUUCUACACCCUCACUGUAUACGAGAAGGGUUCGGAGCUCAUUAGAAUGUACUCGACGCUCUUGGGCAAGGACGGGUUUCGCAAGGGCAUGGACUUGUACUUUCAGCGUCACGACGGUCAAGCGGUGACGACGGAGGACUUUUUCCAAGCCAUGUCGGACGCAAACUCGACGAACAUUGAAAAGCUCAAGCGUUGGUACUCUCAAGCGGGCACGCCGGCGCUCAACGCCGAAGGCACGUACGACGCCGUCACGAAAACGUACGCGUUGACUUUAACGCAAACGUUACCACAGACGAAUGAUGUGAAGGGCGCGGCGGAUAAGAAACUACCGCAGCUCAUUCCCGUCGCUGUCGGUUUGCUCGGCGAAGAUGGCAAAGAUAUGGUGCUUGAUGGCGAUAUCAAGUGUGAAGGCGACGCCGAGGCGACUUUGGACGAAACGAAGACGACGGCGGUGUGUCGGUUGACUGAGUUCAAACAGACGUUUACCUUCACCAACAUAACGUCCAAGCCAGUGCCGAGCGUUUUGCGCGGGUUCUCUGCGCCAGUCAAGCUCACGAUGACUCCAGAACUCACCACGGAUGAGUUGUUGUUCUUGCUCGCCAACGAUAGCGAUGAAUUCAACCGAUGGGAAGCGGCGCAGAAGAUUGCGACGAGUAUUUUGAUUCGCUUGUGCAAAAAGCACAACGAUGACAAAGCGCUCAAAAUUGAAGAUGUGGAUGUUACUUCGGAUCCGUCAUGGGCGAUAUACUCCGCGGCUUGCUGUCUGAUCGUGAAGGACGCGACCGCCAAUCGCCUCGAUCGUGCGUGGGUCGAGGAAGCACUGAAUUUUCCUGGACCUAGCCAGUUGAUUCAAGAUCUCGCCCCUGGUGUGAAUCCGGUGAAUACGUAUAGGGUGUGCAAGGCAUUUGCUCGCGCGUUUGCCAAGGAAUCUCGCGUCGAGCUCGAGGCGGCGUUGGCGACUUGCGAUGCCGAAGCCGCCGGUUUGGCGUACGACGUGGACGGACCGCAGGUCUCGCGACGUGCCUUGCGUGGAUACGCGAUUCGUAUGUUGGGCUCUAUCGGUGGUGAUGACGUGUCUAGCUCCAUCGCAAGCGCGUACUCGAGCGCGAAGAACAUGACAGAUACCGUCUCCGCGCUCACUGGUCUGUGCGGACACGACGAUUCUUCCGCCGCGAAGAAGAAGGCGUUUGAUGACUUUUUGAACAAGUGGAAGGAUGACAACAACGUCAGUUGCACUUGGCUUCGCAUGGUUGCUUCUGAUGCCGGUAAAGGAGGCGCCAACGCCAUCGACGAAAUGAAGCGACUCAUGGCGAGUGACGUAUACGACGCGAAGAAUCCGAACAAAUUUUACUCCCUCAUUGGCGGCUUCGCCGGCGGCAACAUCGAAGGUUUCCACGCCGCCGACGGCAGCGGAUACGAAUUCGUCGCCGAUGUUUUGCUGCAAACCGACGCCAUUAACCCGCAGGCAUCUUCGAGAAUGGCUUCACCAUUCACGAAGUGGCGGUUGUACGACGAAAAUCGCCAAAACCUGAUGAAGGCGCAACUCGAACGAUUGCUUGCGCAAAAGUUGUCGCCGAAUCUCUUUGAAAUCAUCUCGAAGGCGAUUAAGGGCUGAACGAAACGACUUUAAUUAAACGAUG